AGCCCCUGGCACCAUGCACACUCACACACACACACACUCACACACACACUCCACCCUCCUCCAGCCCCACCGCCCCACCAUGGCCGCCUCCACCCUGUCCGUCUGUUCCAGCGACCUCAGCUAUGGCAGCCGGGUCUGCCAGCCCGGUUCCUGGGACUCCUGCCCCGACUCCUCCUGGCGGGUGGACGACGGCCCAGAGAGCUGCUGCGAGCCCCCCUGCUGCGCCCCCAGCUGCUGCGUCCCGGCCUCCUGCCUGAGCCUCAUCUGCACCCCUGCCAGCUGUGUGUGCAGCCCCUGCCAGUCAGCCUGCACCAGCUCCUGCACGCCCUCGUGCUGCCAGCAGUCUGGCUGCCAGCCCUCCUGCUGCACCUCCUCCCCCUGCCAGCAGGCCUGCUGCGUGCCCGUCUGCUGCACACCCGUCUGCUCUGGGGCCUCCCCCUGCCCAGCCCCCUCGUGCUGCCAGCCCAGCCCCUGCCCCCCGUCCUGCUGCAAACCCUCCUCCUGCGUGUCCCUCAUCUGCCGCCCCGUGUGCAGGCCCGCCUGCUGCGUGCCCGUCCCCUCCUGCUGCGGCCCCGCCUCCUGCCAGCCCAGCUGCUGCCGCCCGGCUGCCUGCGUGUCCCUGCUCUGCCGGCCUGUGUGCAAACCCUCUUCCUGCGUGUCCCUGCUCUGCAGCCCCGCCUCGGCCCAGAAUUCCUGCUGCUGAGCAGCUCCGGCUCCUGCCUCUCGAGCUGCUGUCUCUGCUCCUGAGCACAGGUCCCUCCCAAGAGCCCGACCCUCAGAUGCCAAGAUCUCUCUCUCUCUGUUGGGGAUUUGCACACCCCGCCGCCGUCCCAUUCUGAGAAGAGAUGACCCGCAGAUCCCUCAAGGCAGGGACCUGGGGGAUCCGGGAGCCUCCUGUGCGGAUUGGUUGCCGGCAUUCGGUGUGACAAACGUCCAUGGCUAUAAUCAAUACAACGUCUGUGUCAGGAAAUCUGGCCCUCUGUGUCUUCUUUCCUCCU